AUGUCCGGGAAACCUCGAUCGUCGAUACCAGUGGCCGGAAGAACUAGCAUUCCUAUGAAAAGAACUACACCAGCAACUCCAGUAGCGCGAUCAGCGUCAUUAAAUGCGAAUUCUAGCAUACCAAUACCUUCAAAGGUGAGUGAAAACUUAUCAAAAGAGCUGUCACGUAUAUUUGUGAAGUCGAUCAUCGUUUGGAGGACUCGUGAAAUUCUUGUGAUCGUUACAUGAAAGUCAAGUAACAGCUACUUGACAACCGACAAAUCGUAAGUUGUGUAAAUAGUAUACCUAACUUCACAUGAUGUUUGCAGGUAUUUACGAAAAGAUUGUUCCUUGCUCUUUUCCUGAAGCAAGACCACUUCGAUCAGCACCCGCUCGAAUACAUUGAAACGUUCCCGUGCUUCAGAGUUCAGAGCAGAAUAUCGCCUUUGUUUUUGCGGAAAUAUUAAACCGCAAUCAGGUCACUAGGUAGCGAUUUUCUUACAUCUAUUUGCAGAAAAUAUGUACAUCCAGUGAUUUAUAAAAUGGGGCAGCUUGUUUUCAAAUCAGUUUUUCUUGAAAUAAUCAUGAUCAGGAUAAGGAUUUGAGAAAUAACAACGGGUAAAACAAAUCAAACUUCGGUAAUUUGUAAGAAUGACAACACAAUGCCAAAGGGUUGUCACGCAAGAUUCAAGUUCUCAAAUGUAAAGAAAGUUUGUAUUUUAUCCACAUACAGUGUGAUAAACUGCCCUGUUCGGUUUUGAUGCUUUUGAAAGCUAACGUGAGAAGUUUCAUUGCUUUAUUGAAUUUGGAAAAGAUGCCUGUCUAAAAUUAGAAUUAAGCGGCUCAUACAACAGUUUUGGCAAUAUUCAAAACAUUUCCUUUGAGACAUUUAAUCUCUUAGGAAAAUUAACUUGCUUCUUGAAACCUUUCUCAAUUGCAGCCAAAUGGAAGCAAAAAUUCUGGGUCAGAACUUCCUGACGACCCUACACUUCUGACAGAAAUGGUGUUAAACCUGCAAAAACAGAUUCAAGAGAAAGAUGAUGCUCUGAAGGGGAUCAGUGAGAAAUUGUCACGCAAGUCAGAAGAAUGCGAAAGCUUGAUAGAAGAACGUGACAUGAUGAGGAGUAAAAAUACGUUUGACUUGCAACAGGUACGCAGUCAGUUUUAGUUCUGCUUGUCUCAUUAGUGACAGAGAGAAACUCUUGAAACAGCUUUCGAGCCAUUUAAUAGUCAAACGUGAAAACAAAUGUGUUGGGAAAAGCGUAAAAACUCCAAGUUUUAGUCCUGAUUUUAAAACAGCCAAUUUUUUUCGAUAUGAUCGCCCUUGCCUUGCCAUUUCCCACGGUAAUAGCCUUUUAAAAUUCAGUGAGUCUUUGAUGUCGAUUUGAAGAUUCUUCUACCAUAUUCUCAGCCACAGAGCCACUUUUUCUUAGAUGUCAUUUAAAAUCGCAAGGACGCUGGAAACAGAAUAUCGAAGAAAGGGGGAAUUCUUACCCUUUACAGAUCAGGGCCCAGUUGUACGAAGGCUGAUUAGUGCUAACCCAAGGUUAAAUUUUAAUCUGGAUUUCUUUAUUCCUUUAUUCAAAUGCUUCGUAGGGAUAGUUUUCCUUGUUCUUUAUAGAGCAUCAAAUAAUCACAUUCUAGACAAAAAGAAUUCGACUGAAUUUUUUCUUUUAAAACUGUCAGAUCUGAAAUCAGAUUUCACACUAACCCUGGGUUAUCUCAACCUAGCUUUGAACAACCCGGCCCAGUAUUGCACUUUCUUUGACCAGCUAGGCAACAUUUCGAUUCCUAUGCCAAAAAGUACUUUUAGUGACCGUUUCUCGGUGGUAGAGAUAUGAUUAUGAUAAAGGCAUGCGCAACAGCUUCCUAUGCAAUUAAAAGAUCAUGGAAAGACCUUGACUGGCUCGGUAUGCUUCGCGCGCCUUCGAGGUAUCCAAAAUCACAAUGUAGCCCGAUAUAACUCAUUAUUUGUCUCCAGGAAUUCUACAGUUCUUUUGACGACCUUUUUUCCUAUUCGUCAACGAAAUUGCCUUGCCAUGCCAGAACCCCUCUGACCUGGUGCAGCUGGACUUGUCUAGCAAGUUCUCAAACCACAACAACAACGAAGACAAUUCUUUCUUAUUGUAGGUCAGCGAGGACCAAGAUGCCCUUCAGGAAACACUCAAGAAAAAAGACAGAUACAUACAAGAAAUGGAGGCACGGCAUAGGGGAGAAACUUUGGAACUCAAAAGAGAAAUUGAGGAGCUAAACAGCGAAAAUGAAAUCGAGAUAGAAAUGCUUAAGAAAGAGAUGGAAGACUUGAAACUAAGGGAGGAGCGUUGGAAAAGGGUCGCCGAAUUAAAGAAAGAAUCUGAUUAUGACUCAAGUGACGUGGGAUCACGUGAUCAUUCACCCGAAGUCGAGGCUCUUAAAGAGCAGAUGGCCUCGUUGCAAAGUAACUAUGAAGAUGAGAUAACUGUGCUCAAGGAGAAACUUCAGACACAGAUUUCCAAGAAAACCGAGGCGGCCGAAAAAAUGGAGCAGCAAGAAUUUGAAUUUCAGGAGAACCUAAGCGAGCUAAAGAGUACGUUCGAGAGCGAGAAAAGCAAGCUUCUGACGGAGCAUAAAGUGGAAAUGGAUAAGCUAAGAAAUGCGUUUGAUGAAAAACUGAAGGAAUUGGAGACUGGUGCUGAUACUUCCAGGGAUUUUCCUCAAAAGAAGCAAUACGAAAACCUGAUUGACCAGUUACAAGAACAGGUUACAGAUUUGACCAGUCAGCUGGAAACCAACGAAGCUCAAAUGGCGCAGGACCUGAUGAUUAUGAAAAAUGAGUUUGAAACGCAGCUAGAUGAGUCGAGGAGUGCGUUUGAAAGUGAAAAGGAGAAACUGGAGAGAACCAUUUUGGAGCUCAGAACUCAAGCCGAAGACAUGAACGAAAAGCAUGCUAAAGAUAUCGAACAAAUGGAGGAUGUUUUCAGAAAAGAAAAGGAAGAGAUCAGAAAUACAUCUCAAGAGAACCAGACGAAAGCUGAAAAUCUGGAGGCAAUGCAAAGACAGAUUGAAGCGUACGAGAAUGAAGUAAAGGAGUUGAAAGAAAGUCUCGAAAAUGAAAGACUUGAAUUUGUCGAAGCGCGUGAUUCUCUAGAGGGUAUGAUUGCGGAUCAGGAAAAGGAAUUUGAAGAAAAGGAAGAAAGGCUUAGAGAGGAAAUGAAAGAAGAAGAGCAAAUUAAACUGGACAAGGUUGUCUCAGACUACGAAAAGCGCCUACAGGAAGCUGAGAGAAGCUACCUUGAAGGGAAAGAAGUCGAUCGAACAAAUCAAGAACUGCAGUUAGAGAUGAAUUCAAUGAAGAGGCUUCAUGAAAGAGAUAUUGAGCGACUUCAUGAGAGUUUAGAGACCCUGCAAGCUGAAAAUGAAAGUCUGAAAAGAGAAUACGAUUUGGUGGUGACAGAUCUCAACAAUGAACUAGACAAUUCGAGGAAACCGGGAAAGCCACAGAUGGAGAAGAUAAAGGACAAUCAAGAGGAGGAAAUUCGGGUAUUAGUAGAAGAUAUAGAAUCCUAUAAACAAAAAGUUACUGAGCUGAAAAGUGAAAUUCAAAGAUUGAAAAGUGCAGACGAGAAACAGUUUGAGACUGAUAUCGAUUUGCAAACCAAGACAGCCGAGCUUGAGUAUGAAUUAGAGGUUAUGAGAGAAGAAAACAGCAACAACGAAGCAGAACUACAAGAAUGUAGAACAAAGAUUUCAAACCUGGAGAAACAAUUAGAACUUAGCAAAAGUGCUCAGGAAGAAUUUGCCAAGCAAGAUGAAAAUAACAUCUCAAAAAUAUCAGAUCUUGAGAGCCAGCUUGAUCAUAUUAAGGAGGAAAUGGCCAAUUCCGAAGCUCAAGUAGAAGAAUACAAAACCUCAGUUGGUAUCCUGCGUAACGAGCUUGCAAACCUUACCGAAGAAAAUCAGAGAUUAGAUUCCGAAAUAACCAGCAAAGAAGCGGAUCAUCAGAAGGUUACUGAAGAGUUAAAACUGAACGAAGCAAAGAUUGCUGAUGAAGUUGAAAGAAUGCGAGAUACAGUAGCAACCCUAAAAGCUGAGAAACUGGAUCUUAACAAUACGUUGGAGUUUCAAUCUCGAGAGAACAAGCUUCAGCUUGAGAAACUUACGGAAAAACUCGAACAAAUGGAAAAUGAAGGCAAAACUUUUAAUGAAGCCCACAUGGAGUCGCAAGGAGUUAUCACAAGGCUUAAUGAAAAAAUUGCAAAGCUUACAGAUGAUUGCGAGAAAUUUAAAAACGAAAAGGCUUUGCUUCUGCAAGAGUUACAGGAUCUCAGGCAAGGCGUCAUGGAAGGGGAUUCUGAAAGAGAGAGACAAAUUGCAGAAUACCGAAGUGAGAUGGAAAAGUUAUCUGUGAAGAUUGAAAGCUUGGAAAAUUACAAGAAACAGGCAGAGAUCGAGAAACAGGAUCUCCAUGAAGAAAUUGAGAAUCUUCGUCAAACUCAAAGCGUGGAGCCGAUGAUUUCUUUGGCAGCAGUCGAUGAAACCUUCGCAGCGAAUCCAUCGACUGGCUUGGGUCUAGAAUACGAGCAGCAGAUGAAAGGACUUGCAGAAGAUUACGAAGAAAAAAUUGAGAAGCUCGAAACAGAGCUCGAGGAAGAGCGAAGUAAGUCAGCUUCAAAGACAAGGAGAAUCGAAUCCAUCAAUAUGGAGAUUGAAACCUUGCGCCAAAAUCUUGAACAAGAAAGACUCUUAGUUAAGAAUGCCCAAGAGCGCAUCCUCAAAAUGCAGGAAAGACACGACGAAGAUCUUAGGAACUUAAAAGAUCAGUUAGCUAUAAAUGCCGAGAGCAACGAAGAUGUAGUUUCCUCGAGGGUAGAAGCCGUAAAUGAGCAGUUUACAAAAACAAUCAGAACUCUCGAGGCCGACCUAGAAACGGCACUUCAAGCUAACCGCGAGCAAGCCGAAAGCAUCACCGAUUUGAAGACCCAGUUAGAAAGAGCGCGCCAUACUAAUUUAGCACAAGAAGCAGAAAUCACAAAGCUCAGUCAAGAACUUCACGAGUUUCGACGACAACAAAUAGCACAUAAGGCAAGCAUCACUGCGGAACAAGUCAUGGCAAGAGAAGAGCAUACCAAAGCGGUCGAAACUCUUAAAGCUGACUUGGAAGCUGCUCAGAGGCUGCAUCAGAAACAACAAGACGAGAUAACCAGACUCAAGCAAGAAAUGAAGGAGUUUGAACAGCAACGAUUAGCGCAUGAAGCUAACAGAACAGCAGAACAUCUGACUGUAACUGAAGGGCACGCAAAGGAGGUUACAGUGCUAGAAGCAGACCUUGAAGCCGCGAAAGAACUGAACAAAACUCAACAAGAAGAAAUACACGAGCUAAAACAAGAGCUAGAGGAUUUUCAACAACGGCAGAUAGCACAUGAAGCUAAUCUCACGUCGGAGCAACUCAAAAUAAGUGAAUCUCAGAAAGCACAAAAACAGGAACUUAAAAAGAAAACGAAAGAAGUUGCCACCUUGAGGUCCGAUUUGGAGGAAGCGCAGCGAACGAAUAGAACACAAUUUGAUGAACUUACAAGAAUAAAAGUUGAACGCGAUGAGCUUCAGAAAUCACAGAAACGCUUCGAAGAGAAUUUCCAGAGUGAAAGGUUCAAAGCAGACGAGGCAAGCGAACGGAAAAUUAAAGCUUUAGAAGGGGAAGUUCGGAGAAAGACAGAAGAAUUAUCGAAGCUGUUCUCUGUGCUCGACACGGAACAGAAGGGGCGAGAAAGAGUAUUAUUGGAGACGGAGAAGCAUUUGACGCAUAUGCAUCAGGCGGAACAGGAUAAAAUUAAGUCAGAGAGAAUCAUCUCUGAGCUGAAGAAUGAGAACCAAGUACUUCGAAGCGAGCUGAUUCAAGAGAAAGAACAAUUUGCGCGCUAUGUUUCUCAGAGUAAGAAAGCGCAAUCUGACGAGCAUGAGGAAUGUGAGAAGCUCAGUAGAUCAUUAACUGAAUCUGAGAUGGACAAAGGAAAGCUGGCGGACGAGAUAGAAACGUAUAAGGAUGAAUUGAACAAAAUGCAGGAGAAGUACAACAAGCUUAAAGAGAAGUUUUUAGCUUUAAAGCAGAAGCGGAAAGAGGAAAAGGAAAAAUUCGACGAGAUUCUGCUUACACCGAGACUCGAAAUGGGAUUACAGACGAGUCUUCUAGAACCUGAAGAUCUCAAUCAAACAAGAGAACAGCUCUCGUCGUCAAUGAGAGAACAAGGUCGGCUCGAAGAAGAGCUGGAAGUUCUUCAGAGAGAUCUCUAUAAAAAGAAAACUGAAAUUCAAGCUCUGAAAAGAGCCAAUGAGGUGUUAAGAAGGCAAAAUCAGGUUCUGUAUCUUGAAACGGAGAGCCUAAGAAGAUCUGGUCAUACCGAAGGAAUUGACGUUCCUGGAAUCCAAAAAGAGAAUGAACAAUUGUUGCAAGACAAAGAAAAUCUGGAGAUAGAAAAUCGAUAUUUAAAAGAGGCUUUAGUCGUGAGAGAAAAACAGGAGGAAGAAAGCAGAGAAAAAGAGAGUAUGUCGGAUAACUUUUCAGAGACUGAGUUACGAGAUCUGAGGGAGAACCAAGCGCGAAUUGAACAGGAAAACUCAAAGUUAAGUGAAGAGAACGAAUUCCUGCUAAAACAGGGCAAGCGUUUGCAAUCUCAAGUCGAUCAACUUGAGGACGAAGUUCAAAGGAUGAAGCUUCAAACUCCUAUGACUUCAACACCUGCGAACGAGGGUGCGUCUCAACCUCUCGUCAGCGAACUGAUCCAGAGCGAGUCUGGAAACCUGUUUAACGUGGAGUCAUCGCCUGCUACCUUCACGGGUCCUUCAUUGAAUACUUCCCUUGAAGCCCAGAGAUUCGUAGAGGAAAAUCAACGAAUUAAGGAACAGAUGCUCGUGUUACAAGGACGUUUAAGAUUAAAAGAGAACGAACUUCAAGACACAAACAAUUCGCAAACUGGAGCAAUGGACGAUUUGAUAAACGAGAGGCAAGUUCUUCUUGCUCAAAUUGACUUAAUGAAGGGAGCGCUUGAGAAAUAUGGAGAGAAAGGAUUCACUGGCCAAAGGGUAAAUAUUCUAAUAGGACUAUUUAUUCAGAAAUAAAAACUUCAGAUUUUAGUCUACAAGCUUAAGAUACAAGUAAAAAUAAGUAAAAAUUGGAUAUUAACUUAUUCUCUUUUUGCUCACUUACAUACCUUAGCAAGAGAUGAUAAUCUCUUGACCUUAGGCGAGAUUUUUUUUUUAAAAAAGGUUGCUUGAUUUACGAAACGAGUGACGCAUCGUCUAUCGCGCUCUUCCGCGUUAUAUAUCAAAGCGUUUAAAAUUGUGUGAAUAUCUAUACAGAUCUAAUUGAAGAAUGCUUGUCUAUUAAAAAAUAUCUUGGUUGUUCGCAGUAAUACCGCAAUCUGUAAUGCUUCAUUUACAGAUCGUCGACUGGGAUACGAACCAGAGAGAAGACGCUGCUAAGGAAAACGUUUUAACACCCUCGUCCUUUACACCAAGAACUAUUCAGAAUCCCCUAUCAGGAUUUCCCGUUUCUAAUCUUCAAACCCUGGACUUCAAUGAGGAAAAUUACCUUGGAUCGGCUUACUGGGAAGCUACAAAGUUUCUUGACAGAUUACAACAAGUCAACUAAUGACCGGCUUUUAUCCUUCAAGACAUCUUUCAGAGCUUUGUUGGGAGAGCACAAAAUGCACAUUGCGCACGUCGCACGAAUACCCUCAGCUUUACUGACUGAUUUUUUCCCAUGAAUCACUGCUGGUUUGUUGCUGCUAAUAAAAAUUGUUUUAAAACAGAGAUUUCAGUCACGACCCAUAUCGUGACUCUCCAUUCCAGAAAUAUUCCCUACUGUUACUCGCUGUUGAAACAGAGUUCACUAUCUCAAAUGCAAGAAACAUUAAGUUUUUAUUAAUGAAACUAUCGGUAAUAAUUUCCUCAGUUACAUCACUAGUAC